AUGUAAAUAUGUGUUGUUACAAUCAAAUCUCGUUUACAUUAUUGCUUUUGUAAUAUAGGUGCACUUAUUGGGGCCAACGUUGGGCUCAAAUUAGACAAUGUACCAGCACCAGCUGAUGUAAUAGCCCUCUACAAGAAAGAAAACAUCCUUCAAUUGAGACUAUCUGAGCCACAUCAAGGCAUACUCAAUGCACUAAGAGGCUCAACCAUUAAAGUUUCCCUAGCAGUGAAAAACGAAGACGUAGCCAACGUUGCUAUGAACGUAAACACGGCCGCGCAAUGGGUUAACACCAACGUCGUCCCUUACAUCAAAGAGGUGAACAUCGGUUGGAUCGUUGUAGGCAACGAGAUGGUACCAGGACCUACUGCUAACCUCGUGGCUCAAGCCAUGAACAAUAUAUUGAGUGGUCUUAACUCUGCAGGAAUAACCACCGUCAAAAUCUCAACUGCGAUAAAUGACUACGCCUUAGGAGUAUUUUCCCCCCGAUCACUCCCUUCUGCCGCGAGCUUCACCCCUGAAGCCACUGCAUCACUGCAGGGGAUCGUUACAUGGCUAUCAGCAACAAACAACCCGUUGUUCAUCAACGUGUACCCAUACUUCGCCUUUGCUUCAAAACCUUACGACGUACCAUUAGACUAUGUUCUUUUCAACGCGACUCGACCCGUUAUUGACGGGAACAACAAGUAUUAUAGCCUGUUUGAGGCGAUGGUGGACGGAUUUUAUGCCGCCAUGGAGAAGAUUGGAGGGGAUGGUGUAACACUGGUUGUGUCUGAAACUGGGUGGCCUAUUGAUGGGAAUGUACCUUAUACAAAUAAACAAAAUGCACAUAUUUAUAACCAGAAAUUGGUUGAUAAGAUGAAGAAAGGUGGGACACCAAGAAAGCCAACUACAAUGUUGGAUAUCUUUAUAUUUUCUAUGUUUAGUAGUGAGAAUAAGGAAACUGCAGGGGGUGAAAGAAAUUGGGGAUUUUAUUACCCAAACUUGGAUCCUGUUUAUCAAUUAGUGUUUUAG